AUGCAAGAGGUGAACAAUAGCCAAGUAUCUGAGUUCAUUCUCUUAGGAUUCUCAGACCAUUCUGAAGUGGAGAUACCUUUGUUUUGUCUCUUCCUACUGAUUUACCUCCUGACCCUGACAGGAAAUCUAUGUAUGAUUUUGCUGAUCCGGACAGAUUCCCUGCUGCAGUCUCCGAUGUAUUUUUUCCUCAGCAACCUAUCUUUCAUAGACAUCUGCUACUCCUCCAUCAUCACCCCCAGGAUGCUGUACGACCUCCUCGCUGCCAGGAAGGUAAUUUCAUACACUGCAUGCGCAAUCCAGUUGUGGCUUUUCACCCUCUAUGCCACAACAGAGUGCUAUAUUCUGGCUGCCAUGGCGUACGAUCGCUUUGUUGCCAUCUGUAAUCCACUGUUUUAUCCUAUUGCCAUGGCCAAAAAGGUCUGUCUACAGCUUUUGGCUGGAUGCUACUUGGCCGGGCUUGUGGAUGCCUGUGUCCAGACCAGUGGUGUCUUUAGGCUGUCUUUCUGUAGCUCCAAUGAAAUCAGCUCCUUUUUCUGCGACAUCCCCGCUUUGCUACGGCUCUCCUGCUCAGACAGUUAUGUGUCUGAGGUGGUACUUUAUGUCCUUUCCACUUUGAUUGUGGUAGGGAACGCAGUGAUUGUUCUCGUCUCCUACACUUAUAUUAUUUCCACCAUCUUGAAGAUGCGCUCAUUCACAAGCAAGCUGAAGACCUUCUCAACCUGCGGCUCACACCUGACUGCCAUUGGGCUGUACUAUGGUUCCUUGACUUUCAUGUAUGUGCAGCCUGGAGGGCUUGAGGCAGUGGAGCAAGACAAAAUAGUCUCUGUUUUCUACACCAUUGUGAUCCCCAUGCUGAACCCCAUCAUCUAUAGCCUGAGGAACGAGGAGGUGAAAAAAGCCCUGAAGAAAAGACUAAGCAAGAAAAUCUUCCUUCAGCAGAUAAAGAUGUGA